GUGACUGGCUGCCUUGAGAAGAGCAGGUGAACUCGGAAUCCGCCAUGGAUGCAGUGACCUAUGAGGAUGUGCAUGUGAACUUCACUCAUGAUGAGUGGGCUUUGCUGGAUCCUUCCCAGAAGAGUCUCUACAAAGAUGUGAUGCUGGAAACCUACUGGAACCUCACUAUUGUAGGAUACAAAUGGGAAGACCAUAAUAUUGAAAAACAUUAUCAAAAUGCUACAAGACAUGGAAGGUAUGUCAUCUGUCACUCUGGAUACAAUCCAUGUGAGCAUAAGGGGUAUGGAAAGAAGGAUUGUAUUUCUGUCUCUCUCAGAACAACUGGGAAAUAUGUGGUCAUCCCCACUAUGAGAAAACAUGAUGACUGUGAUACAAGUUUACAAUUAAUUGGUUUUCCAACUUCAGUGGGAAUUCAUCAAGAAACUCUCAUUGGAGAAAAACCUUAUGAGUACCAGGAAUAUGGAAAUUCAUCUGUCUCUUCUGGUUCACUGUGCACAUGUAGUGUGGCUCACAGUAUAAGAAAAUGUUAUGAAUGCAAUCAGUGUUCUCUGAUUUCUUCAAGUUCUCUUCAAAGAUGUGAAAAAGCUCAUGUGGGAAGAGAAAAUAAUAAAUGUGAGUCAUCUACUAAAGGCUUUAGCCUUUGCAGGCAUUUUCAAACACACCAAACAUCCAAAAGCAAAGAGGCUUUCUAUGAAUGUAAUCAAUAUGAUAAAGCCUUUAUAUCUGAUUGCUCUUUAGAAGUAUACAAAAAAACUCAUUUGGAAGAAAAACCCUAUGAAUAUAAUCAAAGUUAUGAAGCCUCUGCAUGUCACAGUCUUCAUCAUCAAGUACAUAGAAUUCAAACUCGAGAGAAAUGCUAUGAAUGUAAUCAAUAUAGUAAAGCCUUUGUACAGAUGAGUGAUCUUCACAGACAUGAAAGAAUUUAUACUAGAGAGAAACCAUAUGAAUAUAAUCAAUGUGAUAAAGCCUUUUCAGAGAAGAGACAUCUUCAUGGUCACGAAAGAGAGAAACCCUACGUAUGUAAUCAAUGUGGUAAAUUCUUUACAGGAAAGAAUAGUCUUCGCAGUCAUGAAAGAAGUCAUACUGGAGAGAAACCCUAUGAAUGUAAUCAAUGUGGUAAAGCCUUUGCACAGAAGAGUAGUCUUCAAAAUCAUGAAAGAAUUCAUACUGGAGAGAAACCUUAUGAAUGUAAUCAAUGUGGAAAAGCCUUUGCACAGAAGAGUAGUCUUCAAAGUCAUGAAAGAAUUCAUACUGGAGAGAAACCAUAUGGAUGUGAUCAAUGUGGUAAAGCAUUUACACAGAAGAAUCAUCUCCAAAGUCAUGAAAGAAUUCAUACUGGAGAGAAACCCUAUGAAUGUAAUCAAUGUGGUAAAGCCUUUGCAACAAAGAGUCAUCUUCUCAGCCAUGAAAGAAGUCAUACUGGAGAGAAACCCUAUGAAUGUAAUCAAUGUGGCAAAGCCUUUGCAAUGAAGAGUUAUCUUCUCAGCCAUGAAAGAAGUCAUACUGGAGAGAAACCCUAUGAAUGUAAUCAAUGUGGUAAAGCCUUUGCACAAAAGGGUAAUCUUCUCAAUCAUGAAAGAAUUCAUACUGGAGAAAAACCCUAUGAAUGUAAUCAAUGUGGUAAAGCCUUUGCAAUGAAGUGUCAUCUUCAAAGUCAUGAAAGAAUUCAUAGUAGAGAGAAACCCUAUGAAUGUAAUCAUUGUGGUAAAGCCAUUGCCUCGAAGAGUUAUCUUCUUAAUCAUGAAAGAAUUCAUACUGCAGGAAAACCCUAUAAAUGUGACCAAUGUGGUAAAGCAUUUGCAAGGAAGAGUAAUCUUCACAGUCAUGAAAGAAUUCAUACUGGACAGUACCAUAUGGAUGUAAUCAAUGUGCCAAUUUAAGAUGUGAGAUCAUGUGGGUGUCAUGUUGGUGCUGGAAACUGAACUGUGUUUUCUACAAAAGGUACAAACUGGAGUCCAGUUCCAUCAGUGUUCAGGUCCCAAAGAAGAGAUCAAGCAUCAGCAGAGGAAGGAGACUGCCAUGAUCUGAGCAUGAAGCAGUAUAGCUGCUGCUUUAUUGAAAAACAACUACACAUUUUAUGCUCUAUAACUGAAUCUUAGUUUAGACUUAAACAGGUUAAAAACAGACUUAAUGAUUCCAGGAUAAAAGCAGCCAUCAACCUCAUUACAGCAUUUUUCUGAGGCAAAAAGUGAUAAAUUCAGCAAGUAUCUUAAUGCCUUUCUAGAUGUGAGCCCAUGGUUUCCUUUCAUAGUUGCUUUCAUCCUUGGAACUAGGUGUAUCUGGUUAGUAAAUCAUUAAGUUCUCUAUUUUUGGUGUAAUCAGUGGACACAAUGGGGAUUCUUGUGUGGAAGUAGACAUAGUGAUCACACUGUGUGCUUCCAUGGUGGUGGGGAUUUUUUCCAAGAAUUUUGUUUAAAGAGACUGCCUUACCUAUGUAUAUGUUCCCAUCCUCCAGUGUAGCCAGCAAAAAAAAAAAAAAUUCCCACAGUAAAAGGCAUAAGUGGUGAGCAUGCCAGGGUCAGAGCUGUGCCCAGGAGUCCCUGGACAAGGAAAAGGAGAAUGAUGGAAAAAAGGCUUCCUUCUUGCUCACUGGUGGAGCACAAUAAGCUGAGAUUACACAAAACUGAAAAACCUCCCAGGUGGCAAAGUAUUGAAGAAUCCUUCCACUUCUCACAUGGGAAACUGAAACAGAAGGAAGACAAUCGUGGCUAGAGCAAUUCUGGGUAUUGUUCCAACUGGUUAUUGUAACUAUGGUAACAAGUGUGGUGCACUUACAUCUGUUUGAGUAACAGGCAUAAGGAGGUGAAAUCACUGAA